CUGAAAGCAACACGGCAGCGGAUGUAGCAGCAGCUAUCUACAGUAUAUUAUAGACAACCAUGUAGCGCAGAAAGCGAGCGUGUUCUCUACCGACUAGCGAACGUAUCGCGUUAUAUUAAUUCAUGACGCCACAAAGUAACAGUGCCCGUGUCUGUAAAGACAACUGGAUCCGCGGACCCGAAUCAGCCUACAAGGCGGGGUGAUCCACGGUCAAACAGAAGCCUGGUAAAGGGAGACACUGUCUGUCCGCGCCUGUAUGUUUGAAAGGGAACGCCGGACUACUCAUGGUUUAUUAGUUUACCUUGGUGUUUUGUCCGCUUUCAAAUGACUCCACUAACACAACUGAACGCAUUGUAGACAUGUAACGCUAACGGAUACCGGGGCCAGUUUGUAGCGUGCACUAGCUCUGUCGCUCCGCGUUACCGCCCUGCUUUUCCUCCUUUAGUAACAUUAGCGCGAGCGACCGAGCGAAGGCUGAGGCUGCAGUGUUGUGGGUGAGAGCUAUCGCCCCAAACCGCUUUCACCAUGGGGAAUACCACCUCCUGCUGCGUGUCGUCGAGUCCUAAGCACCAGAGGAACAACCACUCCAGGCUCGAGCCCUACCGGCCUGAGCCGGAGCUGAGUCGCGAGGACACCGGCUGCAAUCUGCAACACAUCAGUGACAGAGAAAACCUGGAUGAUUUGCCAAUGGAAUAUAAUCCAUCAGAUCAUCCUCGAGCCAGCACUAUCUUCCUUAGCAAAUCACAAACCGAUGUUCGGGAAAAGCGGAAGAGCCUUUACGUUAAUCAUUUCACUCACAUUUUGGAAAACAAGCAUCACCUGAGCACGAUGAGACGGAAGUACAGCUCAUGUUCCACUAUAUUUCUUGAUGACAGCACUGUUAGUCAACCCAAUCUUAAGUACACCAUCAAAUGUGUAGCCCUUGCAAUAUACUACCACAUAAAGAACAGAGAUAUUGAUGGAAGAAUGUCGUUGGACAUUUUUGAUGAGAAAUUGCAUCCACUGUCGAAAUUGGAGGUUCCUGCAGAAUAUGACAAACAUGAUCCUGAGCAGAAGCAGAUCUACCGCUUUGUCAGGACGCUGUUUAGUGCUGCACAGCUCACAGCUGAGUGUGCAAUUGUGACAUUGGUGUAUUUGGAGAGGCUGCUGACCUAUGCUGAAAUUGACAUUUGUCCUGCCAACUGGAAGCGAAUUGUGUUAGGAGCCAUUCUACUGGCAUCCAAGGUCUGGGACGACCAAGCAGUCUGGAACGUUGAUUACUGCCAAAUUCUCAAGGAUAUCACCGUAGAGGACAUGAACGAACUGGAGCGUCAGUUCCUGGAGCUGCUGCAGUUCAACAUCAACGUACCGUCCAGCGUCUAUGCCAAGUAUUACUUUGACCUGCGCUCCCUGGCUGAGGCCAACAACCUGAGUUUACCCCUGGAACCCCUCAACAGGGACAAGGCCCAGAAACUAGAGGCCAUCUCACGGUUGUGUGACGACAAAUACAAGGACUUGAGGAAAUUAGCCAAGAAGCGAUCAGUAAGUGCAGACAACCUGAUGGUGGUGAGGUGGUGUCCAGCCAUAAUUUCCUAACACUGGUCACCAGCCGCAUGGAGCAGAGGUAUUGAUGAACAUGUCAGGCAUGGUGUAUAUCUGCCUGGUCAACAGGCAAAGUGUAAGAGACACACACCCACACAAUCCAGCUUUUAUAGUAAGUCUGGAACCUCUCUGGUUGUUGUACAUAAAACAUGCCCCACAGACUGCCUGCACUGAACCAAAUGGAGCUGAGCUUGAACCAAACCUAAAUGUGCAAUUGAAAAUGGGUGAAAACUAUGACAUAAAGAAACCAGUUUGAAAUACAAGACAGUGUUUAGCAUUGGGAUAGAAAAAUAGGGACCACUUUAAUGUGAAAUAUUAGUGAGAGUUCUCUAACUCCCUGUAAGGCUCAACUGGCUUGUUGUGGUUGACUGAUGGAAAAAAUGUACAUUCCAUGUAUUCUAUUCCCCUAAUCAGGUUUUCUUCAUCAGUUCUGCUUUUUUUAUUGAGUUUCUGUUCUUUUGCAUCCCCAUCACACAGCUACCAGAUCCAUUCAUAUAAAUGAAAAAAAAAAAGUACAUUCCAGUGUCAACCUGAGUGAACACACAUCUGACUCAAUCACAUAUCACCAGUCCUUACUAAUGAACUAUCACUGACUGAUCUUUUACAUUACAGACACUGUAUCUAAGAAGUCUGUGUUUUUCGCUCAAAUGCAAAAAAUUCCAACAUGCGUAAGCACAGCAACACACUGAUUUACAGAAGUGAUGACAUCCAGUCACCAGUCACAUCUAGUAACACUCGUGCAUGCUUUGUUGGUGCACUUAAAAAGAAAGUGUGCUUGUGAGAUUGCUAACCGGGAGCUAGGGGUGUCUAUUCUGAGACAUACUGUAAAGUUUAUGUUGAUCAUUGAUCAUUGGUCACUGCCACUGUCCUGACCUGUGGUGCCUCUAAUAAACAAACAGUUCUUAAGUAUCUAAUGGAGUAAAUGAACAAAAAAGUGAAGCUGCAGCACAUACAAGGUCCCGACAUUUUAAAACUACUAGUUCUUCAGGGUUGUUUGUUUUGAUGUUGUUCAGUAAACAGCCUACAUGAAUAAAUAAGCAUUACGUGAUGAUUUGAUUCAGACACUUAAAAUAUAGACUGUAUAUAUUUUGCUAAACUUUCUCUGUACAGUGUAAAUACAGUGGUACCUGUUGUUGUACUGCAAAAAGGCAAACCUGAACAGAAUAAUGUUGGAAUAUUUAUAUUACUUCAGUUUUUUCUGUACAUGAAGAGGACAGUGAAUAUAUGUGAAUUUUUGUUUGUAUGAGAAAUCUUUUAAAAUGAAAAGAGAAAUAUUGAGAUUUAAAUGGGAGACACCACUGAAUAUUUUGUAGUUUCUUGGUGUGAUGUUUUUGCACUGCACAUAAUGCCAAUUUAUUAUUUGUGACUUCGCAAAGAGUGAAUUCAACAGCCAUCCUGUAUGUUUUAUGCCUGUGUGGAAGGAAAUAACUCUCCGUACCAGCUGGAGGCAGUGGAGGAAGGGAGGCUGCAGAUAUUAUUUCAAAGUAAAAUCAAACUGAUUCUCCUUCCUGUUAAGUUUGCACAUUUGCAGCCUGAUGCAAACAAAUUCAACAAUACAACUCUAGAAAUCCAACAUACUCCAUCAUAUAAAGACCUAUGACUUGCAUCUAUCAACUUUGGGUUAAGAAAGAAACUAUAUAAAAGGUAUAUCACAAACAUAGUUACAUGUCUAGUGUGCUCAGAGGCAUUCAGGGACAGUACACAGUGUAGGUUAUCUGUGUUUUAAAAGCUAAAAAAAAAACAUUAAUUUAGCUUCAUCUGGAUGCAGUCCCAAGACUUGAUUAUUUAAAAAACAUGCAAGAGCACUAAAGAAGUGGUUGUGUGUUCUUGCACAUUCAUUUCAAUAUUCAGAUUAGAAUUUUCUCUCAGAUUUCGAAGUGAAGUUUUUGAGUAAUUAUGUUGAGCAUUAAAUACUUUUAGACUGAUAAAUGAAAUUGUCUGAUUGUCUUAUAAGAUUGUUUUGACAGUUUUGAGCCUGUUUUGCAUUUACAUGAAAUGAGAUUUAAUACCUGUUUCAAAGUUUCAAGGUCAAUUGUGGUUGUUUGCCUUAUAAUCAACUAGACAUUCUUUUAUUACAUACAUGAUUGUUUUGAAAUAUCAAUACUGUUCUAUUUCAGCGAAAACUGAAAAUAAUACAAUUGGCUUCAUAAACAGAAAGGGUCAUCUAAUUUAGGUCUCUAGCUUCUAUUGUAAACUUCAUCUGCAACUUUCACAACUAUGAUUUAACUUAUGAUGUUGUUCGAGAAUCAGACAGUCAGGUCCAAGUGCCACAUUUUUAACGUGCACAUGAAGUAGCACAUGAAGUCUAUAGAUGAUGGAACAAAAAUAAUUUUUUUAGAAUUUUUUUUCUGUAAACCACCACAUUCACAUUGAAAUCACGAAGCAAGUUGUGCAACAAAAGCAACAUGUGCCUAACUUCAGGGAGUUUGGUAAAACUGGUUUUAACCAAUAUGGAACUACAGCCAUUUUCAUACACACACAUGCAACAAACAAAUUGCUUUUCAUACUUGGAUGAAAAUCUUUUGCAUUUAAUGACCACCUAGAGUCUAGGACCACAGAUGACCAAAUGCUGAUGGAUCAGUAUCCAUCUGCAGUAUUAGGUUUGCAGCACUUGGCUGAUUGUGAGCAGGGAGAAUAACCUAUCGAGUCCAAAAUUCACCCUGGUGCUUUUAGCAGCAGACAGGUACACGUAAUCACUAAACACCAAUGACUAUUUCAUAUUGGCAGCUGUACAUUUCUGUGCCAUGACACUGCCUCUGCCAUGUUUGACAGAUAAUUUGGUUGCUUUGGAUGAAGAGAUGUUACUUUUAUUUGUCUCUCUUUGUCUCUUUUGUUUUUGUUACUUUUUUUAGAGGCUACACUUUGUAUCAUCAUCAUAUUUCUUUUUUUGCCCUUUUGUUUGGGUGGAUUCUGGCAAAAUCAAAUCUUUCAUCUGUUUGCACUUUGUUACAAAGCAUCUGUAAUUAUUGUAAAUGCAAAUGUAAAUGUAGGAACAACAUCCAGGCCUUUUAUCUGCCCGAUUAGUCAUGCAGUCAAGGAAACAGGUACCUCACCCCCGGGCACGCAAUUCUUGAUCUUCCAUGUAUGAGCACCCCAAAUAAGACAUGUUCAUUUAAAAAUUACUGGAUGGUCAUUAUUUUGGCAAAUGCCUCACCUUAAGCUGAAAGCCUAUUUCAGCUUGACUGUUUGAUUAAAAACAUGACUGGUGGUGUGCACGUGAAAAAUUUAAAUUUUAAAACACUACCUCUAUUAUUCAUGAACCUAAUGCUAUAUUAAAAGUUGUUUUAAAAAUGUUUUUUUUUCUGCAUGGUGGGUGAAAAUGAGUACAAGGUUAUGUUUAGGGGUGAGGUCGGUUUGUUUUACUGUGUUCAGUGUUGCUACUGUUACACUAUAUACAGUUCAUCAACAGCAUAGGGUAUUAGUACUGUUGUUGGGUCCCAAUAUGGUACAUUUCAUCCAGACUUCCUCGACCUUGUGGUGUCCUGUCAGCUGGUUACUAGGUGUGUGUCAUAGACUACUGUUUGUGCACUAAACUCUACCUCUGCAUAGAGUUUUUCUUUUUUGCCUCGUUAUCAUCAUGACAGGGUGGCACGGUGGUGCAGUGGGUAGUACUGUCCCCUCACAGCACGAAGGUCCUGGGUUCUAUUCCCAGGAUGAUGCAUGUUCUUCCCUGUGUGGGUUCUCUCAGUGCCCUCCAGUAAACGCAGGUUUACAUGCGUUUAGGUGCCCGUGUGUGUGUGAAUGGUUGUCCGUUCUGCAAUGGACUGGCAAUCUGUUCAGCCUUAGCUCGCUGGGGCCCGAAUGGGUCGAAAAUGGAUGAUUUGUAAUCAUGACCUGCCAUCUACAAAUUCAUUACUAUUCCUUCCUAAGACUUCCAAUGGCAGCUGCAGCUGCAUUUGUGACCUUUUUUGCCUAUUUGUUUUAAUUCAUACUUUUUACAACUACUUUGUUCAGUAUUGCUACUGUCAGUGUUUCCUUCUUAGCGAGUCAGUUGUUUCUGUUCUCAGUUUGCCAAACUCAGAUCCCUCUCUGUUCUCUUUGUAUUUUUAUUUGUUUAUGUAUCUGUUUGUUUUUAAUAGGAUCUUAAAAUAAAACUCAUUCUUCUAUGAAACAAUGUUUAGAAAAAUGUGUGCAACAAUAAAACUACUAAAUCUUGUAGUAAA